ACAAGAUGUCCAUCAAGAUUCUAUGGAGAACGAGACCACAAUAAAGUAGAAGAGUUCAUCAAUACAAUCUGUAUCUACAAGAAAAUUUAGCAAAUCUCCGAAGAAGCACUGGAAUGUCUCCCGUUACUCUUGAAAGAUGCCGCAAACACAUGGUGGCAAGGUGUUCAGUCGGAAAUUGCAAAAUGGCCUGCAGCACUCAAAGCUAUACGCUCGGCAUUUGCCCCAAAAAGGGAAUGCCAUGAAAUUUAUAUAGAACUAUUUUCGUCUAAUCAAAAACCGAAUGAGCCCAUUGGCGAAUUUCUGUGUACAAAAAGGGCCUUACCGGGACAAUAAUUACCUGCGAAGCGUCAUAAGGAAGAGGAAUAAAUAGACCUCAUUUACGGUUAACUUCACUUAGGCAUAAAAAAGAAAAUAGCACGAACUGACAUUAAACGAUUUGCUGAACUUCUGGAAAAAGCCAGACCCAUACAAAAACUGAAUGUUGAAAAACCUGCAGAAACUUCAUCAGUAGUGAGCUCAACCACUUUUAAGAAAGGACCCAGAAAGCGGUGUUUGUAUUGUGGCAGGAAGAAUCACCUUGAAGAAGUAUGUCGCAAGAGAUUGUCAGAUCUGGCAGCUGACAUUGAGAAAGAAGGAAUAAGUAGCAGCGUGACAGCCCAACCAAAAGGCAAACCACAAAUCACAUGCUACGGUUGUGGUGCGCCCGGCGUAUUUCGGGGUAACUGCGCCCUCUGCAAAAAUAAAGAAAGCCCGCUAAGCCUAUUCAAUUUUAUGCGAUCAACCAUAAAGUGGAAGGAAAUGUAAAGAUCCCUACAAUUGAAAUUUACUUUGAAGGUCAGAAUUGUCAUGCAUACAUAGAUACAGCGGCCAGAACCAGCAUUGCAGGAACAACGCUCUAUAAAUUAUUAAUUAAAUCUGGUGUGUUGUUUAACGAGCAAGAACGGAAAUAAAGCUGGCUGAUGGAUCGGUCAACAUUAUCAACCUACUGUCGACCUCAGUUAAAAUUUCUAUGGGCGGUCGAAUUUUGCCUAUCACAUUUUCCAUCAUACCAGGCGCUAAUGAUAAAAGAACUCUGUCCUGGGAAUUGAUUUUUUGGAGGCCAGUGGCAUAAAUCUUAAUUUGCCACAAAGAUUAUGGCACUUCAUAGACAACAAAGCCAUGAAAUUUGAGUUCGUGCAAAUGAAAAAGAAUGCUACAGUAAGACUGAAGAAAAUAGAUUUCUCUUGCAUGGAAAUUGAAAUCAGUGGCAAUAUUUUUAAAAAUCAAGCAAAGAUAAUGGAAAUACUUCAAGAUGUGCAAAAUACUAAAAAAAAACUUGCAAGAACUUGCUAGACAUUAUAGUUUAUCAAAUUGCUGAAUAAAAUGGCAGAUUGUAGCGUUACUACAACGACAAGAACCAACUGGGAGCUGGGAGGGCUCUGUAUGUAGAAGAACGUUUUCCUCCUAUAAAAGCAGUGUAAAAUGUGUUUCAGUUUUCAGUUGGACGACAAUUUAAAGGAUGCAGGAUUUCGAAGCAAAUAUUUUAAAAUUUAUGUCUAGCUUACGCUUUCUUAGCUAAGAAGCAAAAGGAACCAACGUUUGCUACAAAAUAAUAGAUUAUUUACUUCCUAGGGAGCUCUUAACUUUGGUGUCAUGGAGUGGCAACUCUGUAAAGACCAAAAUGGAAAAAACAGAAACUCGUCAGAUGUUUUUUUCUGUCAUACAAAAUGCUGAUUCAAAUCUAAGUCAGUUAUAGGCCCGUAUUAAUAAAGCUGCGUACAGACCGGGCCAACGAACGCCAACGGUUAUCCUAAGAGCUCGUUCCCACCUGUCGGGUGUCGGAUCCGUAUAUUAAACGGAAGUUCUAGUGGCAGAGCAUUGUAUAUGACGCUAUUCACACUUAUCGGAAACCGAUUUUGUGUCGGCUCCGACAAGAAAUGUCGGGUGUUUUGCCAGCCCUCUACGCCCGGAAAAAAAUCGUGUCGGAUCUCGCUCGCCUAUGAUUAAGAACGGCGCUGUUCACAUUUGUCUGAUGUCGGAGCCGAUAACCCUCUCCCCGCUACCCCUCAUUCCGUUCGUGCGUACGUCGUACCUGCGAUCGCGCACACACACAUCGCGGCGCGCAAGCAGAGUUGUUGUGUUUUUAUUGUACGCACGUUUGGUGAUUCGUAGUAAUGGAAAGAAAUAUCA